CCUGGUGCCCGCUGUAACGAGAGGCUAAAUACCUGCGCGCCAACUUUGCAUCCACCUCGUCUUCAUGAUCAACGCUCACCUCCAUCACCCUUUCAGUACCUGUGCAUAGGAGUGAUCUGAUCCGGGCGAGAGCCUGCUGCCGGAAGAUUGCCGCGCAUGGCUGACGCACCAGAGAGCUACGACAUGCUGUCGACAUCCACCCUGGGGCCGCUCGUGGCCAACGUGACGUCAGUGACGUUACGUGUGUCCAGAGACCAGUCAGUGUCGCGCGCCUACAGCAACACCACGCCCACCUCUCAUCUCAACCUGACAACGGGUCAUGGUGAUUCCGAAGAAUUUGUGCCGUACGAGCAAAGGCUAGAGACGUACGUGGUGCCCACGCUUUUCGCUUUCAUAUUUCUCGUCGGGCUCCUCGGCAACGGAACACUGAUCCUCGUGUUCCUGCGAAACCGGACAAUGCGCAGUGUUCCUAACAUCUACAUCAUGAGCCUCUCUCUGGGCGACUUCAUCGUCAUCGCUGGCACUGUGCCGUUCAUCAGCACCAUCUACAUUCUUGACUCGUGGCCGUACGGGCUGUUUCUCUGCAAGCUCAGCGAAUUCCUUCGGGACGUGUCCAUUAGCGUCACUGUAUUGACGCUCACCGUGCUCAGCAUCGAUCGGUACGUGGCCAUCGCAAUGCCACUUCUCAACCACAAAGGUCGUCGACACACGAGACGAACAAUCACCAUCAUGCUCACCGUCGCGGUGUGGAUGAUCGCCGUCCUCUUGGCCAUACCGGGAGCCCACUUCUCGUUCGUGAUGGAAGUCGAGGCCACGCCCGAGCUGCGGUACAGCGUGUGUUACCCAUUCCCACCUGAGAUGUGGCCCUGGUACCCGAAGCUGAUGGUGCUCAUGAAGUUCCUAGUCCAGUACGCUAUCCCAUUGAUGAUCAUAGGCACCUUCUAUUGCCUCAUGGCGCGCCAGCUCAUUCGCACGUCGCGCACCCACUUGACGCAGCCCGGCUGUGGUGGCGUGGCGCAGCUCAAGCAGAUGAAGGCGCGCGUUAAGGUGGCCAAGAUCGCCCUGGCUUUUGUAGUUCUUUUCGCAGUCUGCUUUUUCCCCAACCACGUGUUCAUGAUGUGGUACUAUUUCGCGCCGGACGCACCGUCGCACUACAACAGCUUCUGGCACGUCUGGAAAAUCAUGGGCUAUGUGAUGACGUUUGUCAACUCGUGCCUGAACCCCAUCGCCCUGUACCUGGUCAGCGGGGUGUUCCGCAACCAUUUCAAGCACUACCUCUUCUGCAGCCGGCGUGCAGCGAGCGGCGUUCACUCGCGCAACAAUUCCUAUUCCUUCCGCACCAUUCACAGCUCGAGCAUGUCCAAGUGCACGGCUUCCACCAAGAUUUGACGAAUGACCUGCCUCCGGAGGAGGGCAAAGGUCAAAUGCGAUGGCCAGAGCGGGCUUCCCGCCAGCGAUGAACCGGAGUUCCGGUCGGUAUCUGAGGGAACCUUUUAGAUCUGCCUGCAUUCGCCAGCUUCGAACAUUCCCAGGGCAUUCGCCUGAGACAUUUGGCUUCCUAGCGGUCACUUUUCGCCGCGUGCUUUUGGCAAGCUAGCACUGAGUGGGAGCUCCAGUAAAGGCACAAGCAUGUGCGGCAGUAUUCAGGCCACCGUUGCCUGUAUUUGGCACCACUAGUCCCAUUGUAGAGGGGAGUGUGCGUCAGUUUAUUGGCUAUGGAGAAUGUGCUUUGAGAGCUUCAAGUGGUGGGAAAUAUUCUUGUGGUGUUCUACUCAAGACUCGUCGAAGAAUGAUCGGUGUCGAUAGGUGCCAAAGGUACCCACUUCAUGUUUAAACGGUACCAAUGACUGCACAGUCCACGUUGGUUGGUAUGUGUAUCAGUGAAUUGUUGUGUGCUAUUACCAUUGACAGUGAUCUUAUGAUUGCCAGUAUUUGCUGGCUUUCCCCAUUCGUCCAUUCCUGAAGCAGCUUAUGGGAACUUGUACGACAUUCUCAUGUACAUAGCGAUAACCUCAAGCAGUCUUCGACUGAGUCUCUCAUACUUAACGUGCGCACGUGUAUGUAGCGUGAGAACGAUUGAUGGUAACCAUGGAUCUCUAGUUAUUUCAUAUGUGUCAUAUGCUAUCAUUAGCAAAGCUUGAAACGGAAUCUUUUGGCUGAUACGUUUUCUUUUUGUGUCUCUAAGCUUGCUGUUGUUCAGAACUGCACUGGGACCAAUUUAUGCAGCACUGUAUCUUUGAUGCUAUCUCGGCCGAAGAACACAGUGGUUAUUAAUGGAAAACAGGUUCUUAUCGAUACACUCAUAUGGUUCAACGAAACUUCGUAUAGCUGUCGUUGUCCAUGUAAAACAACUAGGACGAGCUGUGUAAGUGUAUUCCAGUUACCGGUGAUGCGUUGUUUUAUCAUAGAAAAUUAGUGAGCGAGUCUACUUAAGUGUAAUUUUGAUUUAUGAGAGUAUCUUGCUUCAUAUUCAUCAUGACGAUUGGAAAAUUUCCAACCAAUGUAUUGCGCGCUGUGAACGGAUCAAAUUUUCUAGAACAGUCUUGAAAGGAUCCUUGCAACGAGUUUCACAGUACAGAUAUAUGAAGAUGCAUACGCGCAAAAGACUAGCAAGACGCCUGCGCCAACAUUCGCGCACACCCACACACACGAACUGAAUAUACAGAAUAAGCACACACACACGGGUAUGCGUCGCUCUUUUUUGUGCAAGUUUUCGACACAUGAUUACGUCAAGCUGAAAAAUGAAACAAAUUCCACUUUCAUGUAAUGAAGGUUUUUGAUAAAAUACAGAAACCCAUGUCCCCCAUUUCAUAUAUAUCACUGAAAUUACCAGAUCUCGAGGACAGCAUUAGAGCGACGAAAUCGUUGGCGUUACGCUAUGAAGAACAAUGCACAAUUGCGUCAGCGUGGCAAUUAUUUGCCCAGCAAAUUCUAAUUGCUUGACGUGUACAUUUCACGUACACUAAAAUCAACUUGCAGCGCGUGCUUUCAGGUCACUGGCGCCUAAAAUGCGAAGGAUGUAUUAAAGCGAUACCUGCCUUUGGUUCUUCUUCCACUUGGUGGUCUGUAUGUAUCGGUCUGGCCGUUCUGACGUAUUCGAAAUGUAUUAUAUAUAUAUAUAUAUAUAUAUAUAUAUACACACACUACAUUUUGAAUGGUUGGUUUGCACCAGAUUCCCUCAGCACAGAAGCUCGAUGCGUUACCCAUUAGGCCAUGAACGCAUUCCUAAAGAAAGGCGGAUUGAAACACCUUUGCUGAUUUCUGUCGUCCAAGUUAUAGCAUUGAAACGCUUGGCGCCUCAGGCACGUCGCAUAACAACAAUUUACUCAUAAAAGUGGGCUCGCUCAUCUUGUCGCUGACGAUGAAGAAAGAAGCUAAGGGACGCGUCUCUCAGCAGACUGCCGCGUGGCGGCACGUUUCUACGAGAUCACGCACGUUACGUCUCGUGAUUCAGCACGUUCUGCUGCUGAACAAAAACUCCGAUUUCUCUACGAGGUCCGCCAUGGCAGCUAAAGGACGCGUUUGGCACUGAAAUCUGCAGAGCGUCUCUUGUCAUAGUCAGCUAUUUUGCCUUGGUGGCCCAUGAAAGCCGUUGAAACGCGGGAGGAUGCGCGUCACGAACCCACCUACCAUUGAGACAAGAAACACGUUUUACAGUCCCUGAAGGGGCGCUCAGUGGCGGUUUUAUCUCAGUCGUCUGCUAUGGGUCGUAACUGUAAAUAUGUAAGACUUUUAGAUUUGUGCGUAUAUGUGCGUUAGUGUGUAAAAGGAUAUAUGGUGCUUGGGGUGAUUCUGCUCGGCACGAAAAACUGAGCUAUCACACAUAUAUCAACCCAAGGUUGGCUCUACUGGCAUAAAUGCAGAAAAGGACAGCGUGAACAUCCAAGAAACUUGACGCUUAAAAGCGCUUUCUAUAGCUGUCUGUUAGAUGCACUUAAUAGGGUGAGGAAUGAUGGAAACGGGACAAAUAUUCAUCGCAGACGUUCUCGAAUACUCUGAGUGCUGCGAUUAUUGACGGUAAAGACGUCACCAUAGCUAACGAGCUUCCUUGUGACCGGUGUCUUCUUAGCAGCGCGUGUAAUAUUGUGUGGCUCUGUGUAGCACUGUGGCUACAAAAUAUAGGGAAGUUAGUACAAGAAUAACUCUGUCCCCCUCGAAAUCUUUGCCGAAGGCUUUGCAAUUUAGAGCAUGUAGCCCCAUAAUAUUGUGAGGGGUUUUCAGGACUUAUGUGGCGCAUAAAACUUCAGGUCUCAUUACUAGAGGUGUCACAGUUAUCAUGGUGAUUUGCGCAUUGAAACAGGACUUUCACAAGAUGUUAUUUCACUUGGUCGGAUGAAGGUAACGUCAAAGCGACAAGGGUUUAACACCCCUAGAUAUCAGUCGUAACUACUAUCUGGUAAGGGUAUUGUGUAAACAGCCUUGCUUAGGGCGCUCGGCAAACAAUCCAGAAGGGUGUCAGCCUUAAGAUGACACAUUCACGGAGUUGAGCGCUUAUUUUUUUUUUAUUGAGGAUGUUUUAGCAAUGGUCUUUACCAUGAAUUCUAAAUUUCUGCCAUUGUUUUUCCUGAACGUGUUCUAAUUCGUGGUAUCCCUCAAGAUAUCUAAUUCGUACGCUUGAUAGCCGAGACAUCGUUGAGCUCUAGCCCUUUUGUUCUUGCAUUGCUGGAGUAUUCAAGAACGCGUAGUCCAAGACGAUCUGCUUGAAUAUCCUUUCACAGAGCCCGAAAAUGUACAAGAUGUUGUGCUGUUCGCCUGUAUUAUCUUUGUCGCGAGUCAGCUGCAGGUAUUUACUAAGAGCGGUGGGCGAUGGGUUGCCGCGUCAGUCAUAACCUGUGAUUUGUCCAGUGUGCUCCUUGGCGUCUCCCUCUUGUGUGUAAUGGUAGGAGCGUGAUUCGUGUAUUUAAGCACUGUAACCUUCCUGGCAUUUUCUGCAUGAAACUGUACAUAGUUAUUUAUGUGACAAAUUCUGUGACAGUAUUGUGUGACCAUAUAUAACUCCUCAUCGACGUUCAUUAAAAAGCAGCAGCACCCCAGAACAGAUUAUUCGGCACGUCUUAUUCGUGUGCAUAUGUGACUAUGGCGCUUCAGUGAUAACAAUGUAUACGUAUUCAAACACUGUUUACUUCAAACGUUGAGAAGCGCCUGUACAUUUUAUCGAGCAUUGUUCUCAAAUGAAAAUAAAAAUUGUACUCGUGCUGGCUUACCUUUUGUGCGCCUAAUUUGCUUUUAAAAACCACUUGUACAUUCCACACAUCUUUCUCUGUGUGCACAAACAUAGCGUAAUAUGACAUUAUCGGAGCUUAUUAAGAUGGUAAGUGAAUGACUUUCUCAAUGCGAUUUGUUUGCUAUAAAAGGCGUUCGGUGAAGUCAAUAGUUCAAUGAAAAAAGAAUCCCAAGCGCUCCUUCAUCAGAUGAGGAAAAUUUCUCUACAUCAGAUGCUGCUUGGCGCUACUACUCAGAGAGCAACAACUCGAUUUGGGCGAGUUAGUUCAUCCUGAGUAUAACUUCAAGCAACACUAAGAAUACAAGGACAAGAAUCUAAAAGAAACACUACAGGACGAAUGCUGAACUGUCAAAUGAAAAUUUUAUUGAAGGAACAGCUACCUUUAUACCAUUUCAAAAAAAGGCCAACAAGAAAAAAAAGGUUGAAGGUCAUGCGUAGUGCCUACAAGUACAGGCGUCCAUCUAGAAACAUUAUCUCAAGUUUUGUUUGUUAAACUGACUGAACCUGCGCUGACACGUUUCUCUUCUGCCUAAGUAAUGCAGUAAGACUGUACAAUUUCCUUUUCUUUUCUGCCUUUUUCCGUGCUUCAGAAACCUGGUGUCAAUGAACAUUGGGCUAAGUGCGCAUCUGUUGCAAUGCACAGCUAAAUGGCUAUUGUACCAGUUUUUUAUAUUGUUUGUAUGCUGCCGUGCCCUAUUAUUAAACCAUUGUCCUCUGCCUCA